AUGGCGAAGGAGAAGCCGGCCGCCUCUUUGCGCACCUCGGACGACAUGCGCGGCCGCGUCAUCAUCGGCUCCACGGGCGGGUGGCUCGUCACCGCCGACGAGCAGGGGGCCCUCCGCAUGGCUAACCCGGCCACCGGGGAGCACGCCGACCUACCGGCUAUUACCACCAUCCCGUUCCUCCGUUCGCUCUGGGGCCGAUGGUUCUGCCUCGACGUGGCGCCCUUCUUGCAGAUCCGGUUCGGAGGCCCUCCGCCGCCGGAGGACAAGGACUGGGGGCCCAAGCCGAGGACGUCCACGCUCACCGCCGCACAGAUGCGCCAGAAAUUCUACCGCAAGGUCGUCCUCUCGGCGUCCCCGCGGCCGGGCAGCUACGCCGCCAUGCUCAUCACGGACAGGCACAUCGGCACCCCGGCCUUCGCGGUGGCGGAGGAUCCCGUUCCCGCCUGGAGGAUGGCGCGCUCCCCCGACGGCGUCGAGGACGCAAUCCACCACGACGGCCGGUUCUACUCCGUCACGUACACCGGCCGCGUCGAGGCGUGGCAACGCGACGACGAGACCGGCGAGUUCACCAGCCAGGUGGUGGCGCCGCCGCUGGCUGCGGCUGCUCACGACGAGAAGAAGCAGCUGCGCCGCAAGUACCUCGCGGCGUCGACGGACGGGCGGCUGAUGGCCGUGCUCAAGCACACGGAGGUGGUCGAAGAGAAGGGGGAGUACUCGUACAUGAACAAGUGGAUCACGCGCGUCCACUUCGAGGUGCAAGUCCUGGACCAGGCGAACGGGCGGUGGGAGGCGGCGGACAUGGGCGGCGCCGCGCUCUUCGUUGGCGUGAACGGCACCGUGUGCGUGUCGGCGAGGGAGCACCGGGGCAUCGCCGCCGGCAGCAUCUACUUCACGGACGACGAGGUCAGGGACGCCUGCCUGCGCCAGGCGCACGGCGCCAACUAA